CCGUGGUCGGCGCGUGCAACAGUAAAAUGGCUGCCGAGAAACGUCAAUACAUUUUAUAUUAAUAAGUGUCUACCUUUGUAAAUAAUCGCGGCGCGCGGAGAGACAUCGCGCUUUAAGAACGCAUGCCUCUCGAUUGACGAGCCGGAAUUCCUUGCGAUCACGUGUAUGAGAGUGUACGUGUCGUCGGGAUGGCGGAAUUCGUGCGUGGUGGGCCUAGCGUAUCCAACAAUGCCAAGAUGGAUCAUAAUAACAAAGGCGGAUCUCCCAGUACAGGAAGCGAGGAUGGCGGUCAGAAUGAAUUAUUAAACGCAGAGAAUGAAUUCGAUCCUUUUCUUGAAAGUAUACCGGAUGAUAUACAAGAUACUGAAGAACCUGACGGCGCAAAUGCCACUCUGUUAACAGCACCACCAGAAAAUCAGUGGUAUCAUGGUAGAUUAGAUAGAUUUACAGCAGAGGAAAGACUGUGGGAUGCAAGUAAAAUGGGUAGUUAUCUGGUUCGUGAAAGUGACAGGAAGCCUGGCAGUUAUGUCCUGUCAUAUUUAGGAAGGACUGGAAUAAACCAUUUUCGAAUUACAGCUGUCUGCGGAGAUUAUUACAUCGGUGGUCGCCAAUUUAAUAGUCUGUCAGAUCUGGUUGCAUAUUAUACUCACUGUUCUGAUCUGCUAAAGAGAGAAAGACUUAUACACCCAACACCACCACCUGAACCAGUAAACGAUAAAAAGCGAAUUGUCGCGAUAUUGCCAUAUACGAAAAUGCCAGACACUGAUGAGUUGAGCUUUCAGAAGGGAGAUAUAUUUUUUGUGCACAAUGACAUGGGUGAUGGGUGGUUGUGGGUCACUGCUCACAGAACUGGUGAACAGGGUUUAAUAUUUCGAGAAUUGGUGGAAGAUCUCGACGACUCAAUAGAUCCUAACACGGUGUUUUCCUGGUUCCAUCCCAAUGUCACCAAAGGCGAAGCGGUGGACAUGUUGGUAAAAGCAGGACCUGGAAGUUUCCUAGUCAGACCAUCGGACAACAGUCCGGGAGAUUACUCACUCUUUUUCCAUAUAAAUAAUCAGAUUCAGAGAUUCCGAAUUGAGAAAAAAGGAGUACGAUACCUCAUGGGAGGUAGGACAUUCGAGUGUCUUGAUGCUGUAAUUAACAGAUAUCGAAAAGAACAAAUCGUAGAGGGACAUACCUUGGUUCAAGCAAUGGUAACCGAACCCGACGGUAGUGUCAGAGUUAACAGAGAAGUUCAACAUGCCGAGAAAAUAUACGCGACUCUGAGAGAAUGUCGCGAGCAAUCGGGAGCUAAGAAGAACAAGGGGAUUAAAAUGCAGGGAUAUCUGGAAAAGAAGUCUGAGAAAAAUAAAAAGUGGAAAGCGUUGUAUUUUGUAUUACUGGUAGAUGCUACCGACACGCAUCUCUACCUGUAUGACAACCCUAAGAGAACCAAACCAAAAGGUCUCAUCGACUUAAGUUGUGCUUAUUUAUAUCAGGUCCACGAAAGUGUGUUUGAUAGACCUCAUUGUUUCCAAUUAGUCGAACGUGCUUUACCGUGUCUGGCUACCAUAACUUAUCUGGCUGCUCCCAAUUCCGAGAACGCAUUAGAUUGGAUUAACGCCUUGAAACCAUUGUGUGUGUCACAACUCACUCGCGCCCCGAAAGUCGCUCGCCUCCGUGAAUUACGUUCGUUACACCUGCAUAUCUUUGACGCGCAUAGGCUUCCGUAUAAGCUAGUCCCGAAUCCAUUCAUUAUAGUGGCUUUAAACAAUGUUAAAGUCGCUCGCACAAAGGUUAAAACAGGAUUACAUCCGCUCUGGGAUGAGGAAUUCAUUCUAGAAGACGUACCUCCGGACGUUAUGUCUUUCUCGCUAACUCUAUAUAACAAGGGUAAACGCAGCAAAGAUACGGAGGUUGCAGAAUUGACAGUCGAGCUGGCGAGCUUGAGUAAUGGAGAAGAAAUGGACGAGUGGUAUCCGCUUUCAGGUCUCACGCCUAUCGGCGAAUGGGGAGCGUUACGUUUACGUUUACGAUACAGACAUGAUUUAGCUAUGCCUCCUGAAGAGUACAGCCCUCUUCAGCAAUUGCUGUUGGAUCCAGAUCUGCAUGUUGUCAAGGCUUUAGCGGAUGUAUGCCAUUUAGACAAAGUACCUCUGGCAAAUAGUCUUCUUAGAAUAUUUAGGCAUGAAAGAAAAGAGGCGGAUCUCCUACGAUCAUUGAAUCAAGCUGAAGUUGAAAAGGAAGAUGAAACACCAACACUAUUUAGAGCUGCAAGUCUUACUACUACUUUAAUGGAUUUGUACAUGAAGUCCGUAUGUACUUCAUUCUUAAAAGCUGCUUUGCGUGAUACAAUUGUGAAAUUGAUUGAAAGUAAACAGAGCUGCGAAUUGAAUCCAACGAAAAUGGAUUCUCCGGAAGAUGCAUGUAGCAAUGCAGAAUUCUUACUACAAGUAUUGGACGAAGUUACAUUGAGUAUUUUUACGAGUCCCGAUGCUUGUCCCAGGACUCUCAGAUACAUUUGUGGAUGCUUACAAAGAGCAGUUGUUGCUAAAUGGCCACAUGAAAGACUAGUCAGAACUCGGGUUGUCAGCGGAUUUAUAUUUCUACGUCUUCUUUGCCCUGCCAUAUUAAAUCCUAGGUCGUUUAAUUUAAUAGCUGAGCCACCCCCACCAAGUGCUGCAAGAUCAUUAGUUAUGGUGGCUAAGUGCCUGCAGAAUCUGGCUAAUUUAGUGGAAUUUGGUGGGAAAGAGCCAUACAUGGAAGUCGUGAAUCCAUUUAUACUCAAAAAUAAAGAACGGAUGGUGGUAUUCCUUGACCAGUUGUCUAAUGUCGCUGAUAAACCAGAAUCAGAAGGUACAGAUCCAAGAACUAAAAGCACCUAUGUAUCUGACACAGCAAGAGAUUUAGCGACAUUACAUCACAUUUGUGUCUCACAUGUGAAAGAACUUCAGGUUUUGUCAAAGACACAGCCGACGAUUAAACAACUGGUAACGGUGACUGAAAUGCUGAACAAACAUAAGCAGAAGUAUAUGGAGAUGAUACGGUAGUGCUAGAGCCAUCAGCCAUGAACAAUGCCAAA